AUGGGCCAUGGCAUACGUACGUGGUGCAUCGGGUUCCUGCGGGCGGCGGCAAAGAGACGAGUAGAUCAUGCCAAGGACAGCUGCGUGUUCUCCGCGCUGGUAUGGGCAGGCCCCAUCCCAGCAGCUGACCAGGGUCGGGCCCAGAUGGAUGGAUAUGGGAUCCCCUCUUCCGGGCCGAGACCACCGGGAUGGUUCGACGAUGCAUGCUCUGAACCGGAAGAAGAGGAAGGGAUCGGUUUUCCUGCUGGAGGUGGCGUUGCAGAGUCAGAAUCAGACGAAGAAGAUCAGCACCAGCGCAAUGGGAAAGCACCUGCAAUCAGCUCCAGGUGCAGUGUUAAGAAGCUUCAUGAUUUGCUAGCAUCUUUUGACGAGGAAAAAAGACAAUAUGUCGUCGAGAUGGAUUUCGGGGGGCUGCUAGAGCUACCAAAGAUAACCAGGACAGAUAGGCAUUUGUUAAUGUCUAUCCUAGGUCAUGUAGACGAGGAAGCAAGUUGUAUCACGAUAGAUCACAAGCGCGACGUGCAGUUCUAUGACGAAGAUGUUCAUACUGUCCUUGGCAUACCGUGUGGAGCUGCGCCUGUUAGGGAUCCAGGGCAUCAUGUUUCGGAGGAGGUGCUCGCGCAGAUCAGAGCCAUGUUUGGUAUCGGACCGGGGGAGCACAACAUUUUGCCAAUUGUUGAAGCUGUGAAGAUGACAUACGGCUGCCGAAUGACUGCUCAGGAGAAGAACAAGUUCAAAGUGGGGCUGGUGAUAUGCGCAUGCACAUACCUCCUUGCUCCAACACUGAAGAACGACUACUUCUGCACCAAUUACUGGGGUGCAUUGGCCACACCUGACCUCAUAAAUAUGCACAACUGGUGCAGAUACACACGAGAAGAGCUGCUAGUUGCGGCUAAAAGGGUGAAGGCAGAUCUCUUAGGAGGGCGUCAGAAGUCAAACCUAUCUGGGUGCCUGCCUUUUAUUCAGGUCUUCUAUAUUGAUAACCUAGACGCUGCAGAGAACAACAUCGACCACACUGUACGGCCUAGGAUAAAAGCGUACAACUACGCCCUUAUGAAAACAAUCAUUCAGAAGGAUGUGAAGUCGCGCAAGGGAGAUUACCCUGUUGUGUACGGCAGGCUGCUGGUGAACGUUCUAACUAUGCAUGUUCCUAACACCCACGCCUUGUGCUAAUGAAGCGAUCUCAUGAACGUUUUUUGUUUUGCUUGA